AUGGAAUUGCUGGCGUCUACCAUCCAGAUGCCCUCAGCUUCGGACACAAUCAACACAGAUACAACAUCUUCAAUCUCAUCACAACAUUCACCAGUUCAAACACCCCUGGCAACAGCUUCUUCAGACAGUUUUGAACGACCAUCACUCUCUUACAAAGAUCUUAUCAUUGAAGCCAUUGACAGGAGUCCGGAAAAACGGUUGAAGCUUAAUGAAAUCUAUCAGGUGAUCCGAUUGCUGCACCCAUAUUACCGACACCGACCAGAUCAGUGGGGAUGGCAAAACUCCAUACGACACAACUUGAGUCUUCACGAUUGCUUUGUCAAAUUGCCACUCAAACAAACUUCUGCAAGUGGAGUUGUCGGACACUUCUGGACGGUUGUUCCUGAGCUCAGUGACAAGCAGACCUUAAGAAGGAGGAAUCGUCAACAACCAAGAGCACUUGUGAAGAAGAGUGAUGUAGGAAGAACAAUUUCAAGAGAUGAAAGAGGCAGUUCUGGAAGUGGAGAAACAUCACCAAGUCCAUCGAACCCUUCGAUCAGUCCUCCGAGUGAAAACCCGAAACCACAGAUGCCAGUACUCAACGUCCUGGAACUUCUUAGUGGAAUGAAUGACUACAAAGGAACGUUAUUCCAGAAUAACUACCGUUCCAAUCUGAUCCAAGAUAACUCUGCAGUCAGCGGGCUCCAGAAUCUGCUCACCACCACACUUCUGCAGAUCAACCCACAACUCGGAGCACUUCUUUCCUUGGCAAAUCUGAACAAUUUGACUCAAAAUCAACUGCAUAUCGGCAGUCCGUCACUCUCACCCAUAAAAGCCGAGAGCCAGUCUUUUCUUCUUCCUUAG